CUGCAUAGUUUGUCCUGGUGGGGAUCCGUAGUUGGUGGAUAAACAUUGUGAAGAAGAAUGUUGAGGUUGUCAAAGUUGAAGAGGAAGACUCAGUGUUAAACAAACUUCGAAUCGUGUCAUUUGCUUGUCCUGGCUGGAAACUUAGUGAAGGAUCAUGGGUAACACAGGUGACCGGAUGUCCGGCGACCGCCAUGGCGCCAAGGCCCAUCGCUCUGACAGCAGAGACAAAGACCACGAGCCCAGCAAGAUGGUGGACAGCACCGAUGACCCUAACAUCUUCAACACACACGGACUGGGGUCCUCCAAGGUGUCGGACAAGGAGGAGCCUGACCUGGAUGACCUGGUGAAGACAGGGCCUCAAUCCAGGCCCACGGUCAUCCGCUGGGCCGGAGGAGGGAAGGAGGUCUACAUCGCUGGCUCCUUUAACAACUGGGGCAACAAGAUCCACCUCAAUAAGAGCCACAAUGACUUUGUAGCUAUCCUGGAUUUACCAGAGGGAGAGCACCAGUACAAGUUCUUUGUGGACGGACAGUGGGUCCAUGACCCCUCAGAGCCAGUGGUGACCAGCCAGUUGGGCACCAUCAACAACCUGAUUGAGGUGAAGCAGUCAGACUUUGAGGUGUUUGAUGCUCUGCAGGUGGACUCUCUGGAGUCUACUGACACCUCAGAUCUGUCCAGCUCCCCUCCAGGUCCCUAUGGACAGGAGCAGUACAUAUUCAGGCCUGAGGAACGCUCCAAAGCCCCUCCCAUCCUCCCCCCACACCUCCUCCAGGUCAUCCUCAACAAGGACACGAACAUCUCUUGCGACCCAGCCUUGCUGCCUGAACCCAACCAUGUGAUGCUCAACCAUCUUUAUGCUCUCUCAAUAAAGGAUGGAGUGAUGGUGCUCAGUGCAACUCACAGAUAUAAGAAGAAGUACGUCACAUCUUUGCUAUACAAGCCCAUCUAACCUGUGUGUGUAGGUGCACAGUACUAUAGAGGGCAGCACUGGGUUGAACCAUGACGUGUAGUUGAGAUUGGACUAAACUAACAGUUUACAGAAGAGCUGAGGGCCUGUGGCUGAGACUGGGGGCAAAUCUCAUAAGACACCCUUUUCCCUUUAGAUUGCACUACACACUACACUUUAGCGCUCCACAGAGGGCUCAAGGUAGUGCACUCUAUGUGGAAUAGGGUGUGAUUUGAGCCUCAGCCUGUGACUCUCUCACAAGGAAAAAUACUGUAAGUGUACUGUGGCAUUUUCCCAUAAUGCACCCACAGUUGAAUAGCAAUAAGAAAAGGGACUGAGAAAGAAACCACUGUGUGUGUUUGUGUGUGCAGCAUUUAGGCUGCGUUUAUACAGCCAGCCCAAUUCUGAUCUUUUUUCCGCUAAUUGGUCUUUUGAUCAAUCACAUAAAAUCUUUUCACAUCAGAUCUUUUUCAGAGCUGAUCUGAUUGGUCAAAAGACCAAUUAGUGGAAAAAAGAUCAGAAUUGGGCAGCCUGUGUAAACUCAGCCUUAGAUUCUUUGCAUGUGGGUGCGUAGAAAGAACAUUUGGUUCCAUUAAAAAUACGAGGGUUUGAAGACAAGUCUGCUGAUGGGACUUUCAAACACAUAUAAUCAACAUUACGUUUUAAUAAAUUAGCUUUUAAAAGGUUAUGUACACGGAAAGAGGGCAGUUGAAUGUUGCUGGCUUGGAUUGACUUUGUUUGAAUUCAAGUGUCGUACGCUCCCAUUCUUUCUCCAUAUUUUUACUGUAAUUGGACAGUGACUAGACUAAAUGGAGGUUCAUGCAUCAUCUUUCUUGUUAUUACUGUAAUUGGACAGUGACUAGACUAAAUGGAGGUUCCUGCAGGGUCUUCCCUGUUUGAUUCCAAAGGGACGAUGACCACUAAUAGAAUCAGGAUAUGCAAUUGGAUAGGCUGUGUAAAUUGAACUCAACUGAAGUAUAACCAACUAUGAGUAUUUAAAGCCUCCCCUUUAAACUAAAGGAGUUGUGAAAUGUUGGGCUGUGUCUCUAGAUCUCUGCUUAGUUCUGCUAUUGCCUUCAUGAAACGAUGCUGCAAGCACUUUAGUUACACGUGUGUCUCCAACAAAUGUGUUGAGCAGGACUGUUGACAUAAACAUUUAACUAUGCAGAUACACGGAUAACAGAUCAGAUACACGGACAGAUCUUAUAACUUUAUAUUGGUGUCCAAUCUGCUUUCCAUAGAUACAGAAAUAGCUGUUCUCUGUGUGUUUUUCACUAUUUUCUAUUUAUCCAAUAGGAAUCAAUGUAUCUGUUACAUGUGCCGUAUUUAUAGCUUUAAAAAAACAAAAGAAUGGUUUGUCUUGAAUGUCGUGCAUGAUUUGAAUGUCUAAUACGAACAGUUUACUGUGGAAUGUGUCAUUCUAUCAACAUACAACAUUUGUGACAAAUUGGCAAUAUUGAUUUCAUAAGAGUGUGAAAAAGUGUAAUUUACUUUCGUCAAUAUUGUUACAUUUGAGAAUUCUGUGAGUAGAACCACUCUGUUUUUACCAUCAACUAUUUAAUAUUUAUAAUUUUGAGAGAUUAUUGUACCUAUUGCUUGUGAUACUUCACAGUAAUAAUCAAUGAGGGCUGAUAUCUGUAGGUGAUAUACUCCAAAGAGAAGAUAUUAAUAUAUAAUGAUAUAUUUUAUUUGAAGAAACUGAGAAAAAAAGGCCCUUUUCUGACUGAAAGCAAUAUCGCGAUCUGUUUGAGAAUAUAAGAUAUUAUAGGAUAUUCUGGCGCUUUAUUAGGCAAAAAACAAAACUUGAAUUUUAAAACUGUUAGCUAACAUGUUUGUUUUUGAAAAUACUUUGCAGCGUCACUGUGUAAGCCAAGUACUGUAGAAGGUUGUUUCACUUGUUUGCAAAUAAAAAGGGAAGACGUGUUGACCCUGAAGGAUCA